AUGUCGCAGGCGGCCCUGCGAGCGACGACCUGUGUGCGCGCGAGCGCACGCGCGAUGUCGGCCCUGCACGCCCGCGCGCGCAUGGCCAGGCCCGCGAGCCUGCCAGUCGUGCGCACGCUGCGCACGAGCGCACCGCGCUUUGCGUCCGAGGACCCGCGCUCCAGCUGGGAGCAGACGCUGCCGCCCGGCUUCGAGAAGCUGGGCGAGUCGCCCGAGGCCCUGGCUGCGGUGAACCAUCUCAUCGAGGUGCUGGAGAAGCACGGCCUCGACCUGUCGAGCGGGGCCAAGCCCAGCAUGAUGCAGAUGGCGAAGCUCGCUACCAACGCCGAGGUGCGCGAGUGCACUGCCAAAGUCGUGCACGAAAUGAAAAAGGCAGGCGUUGACCUGUCGCCGGAGAACCUACAGCGGAUCAUGAACGGCUCGUUCAAGUAG